AACAGAGGAAGGAAAAGAUGCAGUUCAAGAUGGGGAGCGUCCUGCUGUCUCUUCUUUUCUGGUACAAAGCUGUGAUGGCCCUCUCCCCAGGAGAGGAUGAGAGACUGGAGCUGUGGCACAGCAAGGCUUGCAAAUGCGAUUGCCAAGGAGGCCCUAACUCAGUGUGGUCCAGCGAGGUGAACGGCUUGGAGUGCAUGCCAGAGUGUCCCUACCACAAGCCCCUGGGCUUUGAGUCUGGUGCUGUCGCCCCAGACCAGAUCAGCUGCUCCAACCCUGAGCAGUACACAGGCUGGUACUCCUCCUGGACAGCCAACAAGGCCCGUCUCAAUGGCCAAGGCUUCGGGUGUGCAUGGCUCUCCAAGUACCAGGACACUGCACAGUGGCUGCAGAUUGACCUGAAGGAGGUGAAGGUGAUUUCGGGGAUCCUCACACAAGGGCGCUGUGACGCUGACGAGUGGAUGACCAAGUACAGCGUACAGUACCGCACCGACGAAAACCUCAACUGGGUGUACUACAAGGACCAGACCGGGAACAACCGGGUUUUCUAUGGCAACUCCGACCGCUCGUCCUCGGUGCAGAACCUGCUGCGGCCGCCCAUCGUGGCCCGCUACAUCCGCCUGAUCCCGCUGGGCUGGCACGUGCGCAUCGCCAUCCGCAUGGAGCUCCUCGAGUGCCUGCGCAAGUGCGGCUGA